AUGGCCAAAGGGUUGAGACCUUCAACUGUUCCACUGUCAGAGGUUGCAGUUUCCAAGACACAUGGAGAAGACUCACCCUACUUUGCAGGGUGGAAGGCUUAUGAUGAAGAUCCUUAUGAUGCUGUGACUAACCCUUCAGGAGUCAUUCAGAUGGGCUUGGCUGAGAACCAAGUUUCAUUUGAUCUCUUAGAAGAGUACUUAGAAGAGCACCCGGAAGCAUCAAGCUGGGGAAGUGGCAUCUCUAGCUUCAGAGAGAAUGCCUUGUUUCAAGACUACCAUGGCCUCAAAUCAUUCCGAAAGGCAAUGACAAGUUUCAUGGAGAAAAUAAGAGGAGGAAGAGCAAAAUUUGAUGCCGAUCGCAUUGUUCUCACCGCCGGUGCCACCGCCGCCAAUGAAUUACUCACCUUCAUCUUAGCAGACCCUGGAGAUGCUUUACUAGUCCCCACUCCUUAUUAUCCAGGAUUUGACAGAGAUUUAAGGUGGAGGACAGGAGUUAAUAUAAUUCCAAUCCAUUGUGACAGUUCCAAUGGAUUCCAAAUCACCAUUGAAGCAUUAGAAGCAGCAUACAGUGAAGCAGAAGUAGCUAAAAUGAGAGUCCAAGGAAUCCUAAUCACAAACCCUUCAAAUCCAUUAGGCACAGUGAUGACAAGAAGUGUUCUUGAACUGCUACUUGACUUUGCAACAAGAAAGAACAUUCAUUUGAUUUCUGAUGAGAUAUACUCAGGUUCGGUCUUUUCUUCGACCGAGUUUGUUAGUGUUGCUGAGAUUGUAGAAGCUCGACGACACGAAGAAGCCGAAAGAGUUCACAUUGUUUACAGUCUCUCAAAAGAUCUAGGCCUGCCAGGAUUUAGAGUUGGAACAAUAUAUUCCUACAAUGAUAGAGUUGUGACAACUGCCAGGAGAAUGUCAAGCUUCAGUUUAGUAUCUUCUCAAACACAAAAGAUGUUAGCUUUAAUGUUAUCAGAUACUGAAUUCACAGAGAGAUACUUGAGAACAAACAGGGAAAGACUGAGGAAAAGAUACGAGUUCAUAAUCAAAGGAUUGAAGAGUGCUGGGAUUGAGUGUUUGAACGGGAAUGCAGGGUUGUUUUGCUGGAUGAAUCUGGGGCGAUUGUUGGAAGAAGACACAAGAGAUGGAGAGCUUAAACUCUGGGAAUUGAUAUUGCAUGAAGUUAAGCUAAACAUAUCACCAGGGUCUUCUUGUCAUUGCUCUGAACAUGGAUGGUUUAGGGUUUGUUUUGCCAACAUGAACUUGCAAACACUUCAAGUUGCACUCAAGAGAAUCAAAGAGUUUGUGGAUGACAGGAAACCAAAAAAUUAA